GUGUUUCAGUCAUUCUUUCUGGCCAAUAGCACGACAAAUCAAUACCAAUCAGCAUGAAUUUCUAUAGCAAUUUGAUGCUUUUAGCUACAGUUCAAUUGCUGUGCUAUGUUUCCGUCCUGGAAGCGUAUUCCAAUGGAAGCCUGCUGGAGGCAUGCGCUACUAUGACUCCCGUGCACGAAACAUUUGAGCCCAGUACCGAGCCCUGCCUUUAUGAAACGAGGCCAUCAGAGCUAACGGUUAUCCAAGGAGGAAGCAUCAGUGUUGAUUUAAGGAAUAUCUCGUCCAAUUCUUUCAGGGGUUACAUGACGAUGGCUUUCGACGCUUCUAAACCUGACGAUGCUGGACCAAUUGGGACAUUCGGUAUGCCAACUGAUGGCCAACUAUUAAGCUGCCCUGGUGGAGUUAACAAUACUAUAACUCAUAAAGAUAACAACAGUAUCAAGAGGAACGUAACGGCUAUCUGGACGGCUCCUGCUGAUUUCGUUGGCUCUGUCAUAUUCAAGACGACAUUCGUUAGAGGAUUGUCCGAGUACUGGGUCAAGGUACCAUCGGCUGGAGGUAAUAUCACAGUAUUCUCUGAAAGUACGACAAGCUCUCCGACUACGCCACCAACUACGACGACUACAUCUACACCACCAACUACGACGACUACAUCUACACCACCGUGUGGUGCUGCAUCUAGCGUAAGCCGCAGUUGGAUUUGGGGAGUUAUUCUACUUAUACCUUUGAUGUUCCAACAGGUUUAGGAGUUAACAGACGAUAGUUUGAAUUUCAGCCAAUGAACCAGUGAAGAAUUUUGUGUUUCCGCCAUUUAAUUUUUAGUUUUUGCGUCAUGCAAUUUCCAAAGUCCUUCUGUAAUACACUACUAUUUACCAA